GCAUCAGAUAGUUCCCGGUGUGUCCAGCAGACGGCGGUCAUGUCUCUCAUCAACAGCACUGAGCUGAGUUCCUCGCUGUUGCGCCUCUGCCUCAACAGAACCACUGCAAACACCAACAUCUCCACGCCGACCCUGGAUGUCGUUUACAUCCUCCUGGUGCUCGGCAUGUUCAGUUUCUUCUCCUUCGCCGUCAUGUUGAGUUUCAUCCGCUCUAGGAAGUUGGAGAGCUCUCAGGACCCUUACAACCAGUAUAUAGCCCGAGACUGGAGCCGGAGGAGGACUCCUUCCGCGGACGCCGUGGCUCGUGCUCGACGGGUCGUGGAGGCGUCGGUGUCAGUGGUCAUCUGUAAUCCGGCGACGGACGAGGAAAGGCCACAAGUUCCACAACAUUAGUGAAACAUUCAAGAGUUAUUUUUAAAAAAUGCCGAACAUAGGGAUUUUUUUUUUUUUUUAAUGUUUGUAAAUGCAUAUUUUUACUUUUACUCUCAAACCUGAGAUUGGGUCUGGUAUUGGUAGGUUGUUAUGGUUGGAAAUAUGUGGGAUAAAUUUAACUUUAAUUCAUCGAUGAUGAGACUUACACCAUUCAAU